AUGGUCGGUAUCCAAGCAAGCAACCUUACCGUCAACGAUGGUCCCUUAACAUCAGAGAAUGCCACCCUCCUCCGCCCCUCCGACCCAACCCUCCCCCUCGAGGAACUCCGCAGCCGCUACGAACAGGACGGGUACCUCUUCCUCAAACAAGUCCUCCCCCGCGAGGACGUCCUCGCUGCCCGGGAUGCAUACUUCUCCUCCCUGAAAUCAACAGGAGUCCUGAAACCCGGCACAGCACCCGUCGAAGGGAUCUUCGACACCGCCAAGGAUCAUCUAGACUACCCCGGUAUUGGCGCAGCCCACGCUGGAGGGAAUGGGAGGCCCGGUGGUGAACGAGCAGCAGCCUUUGUGGACCUUGCUCUCGAUGCACACUACCAGGACUGGUACGCAGAGAAAUUCUGUAACCAUCCAGCGCUAUACGAUUUCAUUGCACGUUUCUCGAAUUGGGGAAAGAAUACAUUGAGCCUGCGUCGCACUCUCCUCCGGAAUAAUAUCCCUGGAUCGAAGCCGAUUGGCGUGCACUAUGAUCAGAUCUUCUUGCGAUACGGAGAUCCGACUAGUGUCACUGCUUGGGUUCCUAUGGGAGAUAUCAAGAUCGAUGGAGGUGGACUGAUUUAUUUGGAAGAUGGUGACGGCAUUGGACUUGAAAUGGAAGAGGCCUUCUUUGCCAAAGCGAAGCAAGCUGGACUGACCGAUGAAGAGGCCAAGUCGGCUUUCAAUUCGAAUAUGAUGUCCACGGGUCUGCUUUCUGAGCGCCCGGCUGAGUUCGCUCGCGAGCAUGGUCGGCGAUGGCUGGUGUCGGCGUACGAGGCUGGUGAUGUGGUUUUGCACAAGCCGCACAUGAUUCACGCAUCCACUGUCAACAAUGAUCCGGAGAAUGUCAUUCGUCUUGCGACAGAUCUACGAUUCUGCGACUCGUCUAAGCCUUAUGAUAAGAGAUGGAUGAACUUUUAUACAUUCAAUGAUGGUGUGUAG